AUGGCCCCUAAGCACAGCCUGGAAGGACCUCAAGCCGAGGAAAGACGAACGAAACGCUUGAACGGUCGCUCAACUCCAGAUUUGCGAUCUGUUACUCCUCCGGGGAUUGCCUUCUCUGUGCAGUAUAUGUCAAGAGAUGUGAAGGGAAGACCGCUGAAGAAGAAGAAAGAUCCUGUCCAUGCAGAGCUGCAAGUUUCAACCAUUCGUGACCAAAGCGCGGAUUGGGGAUCGAUGAAAAGUUAUAAGAAUUUCAUUAUCCACGGUGAGGUGUACAAAGUCCUUCAAUACGUUUACCUACGCGGAGAAGACACACCAAAGGGAAGUGCUGCCAGGGACAAGGACUUUUGGAUCGCAAGGAUACUGCAGGUUAGAGCCUCGUCUCCACAGCAUGUAUAUGCCCUUAUUGCAUGGCUUUACUGGCCCGAAGAGCUGCCACGGCCGCGGGCGAAGACCUCGGACACCGUCAAUUCUAUAACCGGACAGAGGAAGUACCACGGGAGCCACGAGCUGAUUGCCAUUGUAGAGAUCACAUGGCAAAGCUUCAUUACAGUAGACUGA